AUGAACGGAAGAGUGCCUGAACCUCUGGUCGCCCGCAUCGCAAAGCGUUCUCCCAUUUUGACUGUACAAUCUCUUGUCCCUGGUAAGAGACAAUCGCAACUCGUGCAACUGGAUCAAUCCCUGCUGACUCGAAUCUUACAACAGGACACCCUCAUAUUCCCGUCACUCGAGUCGAAUGCGAAGCGAGCAACUGUCUUGUCUGCUCGAGCUCCUCUAUCCCAAUAUGAUCGCAUUCUGUCUAUGUUUUCCACUAUGACUACUGGUGACAUCGACGAUGAGUCACUGGCAGAUAUUGUGUACCUCGGCUUUUUUCUUCCCAUCGAUCCUGUGCAUCAGAUCAUGCGUUGA